AUGUCUUAUCGUCGACGCGAUUUGUAUAACGAAGACUCCGCAGCGAACCUCCUUCGCUCUGUCAGGCAACAGGUAAGCAUGUACAGUUGCUGUAUAUUUUUGUGGUUCUCCGUAGAUUUAAUGUGAUUAACAUCAUCGAACCCCUUAUACUUGAUUAUUAUCUUUGAGUCUCUGCAUGCCGUUAAUGCUGCUGGUAAUCUUGAGGUCAAAUGGCUUGUGUUCCGGUAGCUUCUUGCACACUGCUUGGCCUUGCAAACUUGAAAGCUUCGAAUUUCAACUUCUUUUCCGCCCUAUAAAACUCUUUAGUUUGCGAUAUACUCUUUAAACGUACUUCUUGCCGUCUUUUACAGGAAGCUCAAUUUGAAAUGCUUUCCCGAGAAUUAGAACAAGAGAGAAGAAAUGUUGCACAGCAGUUAGAAAAGGUAAGCCAAGGAAGGUCGAGUUUUGAUUCCUAUUUUGAAUUCCUGCCUGGGUACGCUAAUUUUGUUCCGCGCCGGUCAUGGGCCGCGUAGUAGGUCAAACCUUUAAAAUUUUGCACGGCGUAAAAAGAUGUUAUACAACAUGUACGAUUAUAAACCUCUCAAUAUUUUCACUUGCAGUGCAAAUAUGGCUCAGAAACAGCAAGUGUUAGCUCGAUGGGAAGGUAAGAAACUCAUUGUCGUGUUUGUAUACUGAAGAUAGGCAAGAUAAGCUUGAAUAUUUUUUAAUUUGAAUUUUACGAUCCCAGCUUGAGAAUUACGUGUUUUCAGUUUUUCACAAACCAUUAAAUUCAUGGAAGUGAGAUUGUUUCGAUUCCAUCAAGAUCAUUUCCAUUAAUUUGAUAUUUAUAUGGUACUUGCUUAAUGAAUAAGUAAAAAUGUCUGGAUGUUUCUUUCUUAUGGUUGAAUCUCGUCACUGACAUGUACGCAUAAUUUUAAGUUUAGGAACGUUCGAUCGAAAGUCAUUUUGUAGGAACCGAUUUCUUGCUUGUGUUACAAAUGGAUAUUUAUAAAAGGGUGAUUAUACCUUGGCACGGACCAUUUUAAUUACAAUAUGUCGGAUUAUCUUUUCAAACCUUUCAACUAGUCAUGCUUUGUAACAAACUUCAUCAGAGAGACUUUGCUAAAUGUAAGCUUAUUUUGAUUAUAAUGAACGUCGGCAAGUGCUUUUUUUUAUCCACGGCUAGCUAUCAGGUAUCAUAAAUCAAGUUUUUGGCGUUUUCAUUUCCUGAAAGGCAAUCGGUGCAUGUAUUGUGUUUUUGUGAGGAGAAUUUUAUUCAUGAAUUUACCCCUUACCUCUGCGUUACAUUCAUUUAAAGUUGAACAAACUAGUAACUCGGUGAAAAAAGUCUUGAGGUUAAAAUUCUGUAUUGAGAGUGAAAAUUAUAUUUUCUGGCGUUUUAAAGUUUCUGAACAAUGCAUUCCUCUCUAGUGUCAGUCUUGGGUAUUGUUAGGGUAGCUAUCACCUAAGUUCUUUCUCCAUUCUUUAUUAAUUUGCCUCGUUCGAACCAAAUUCGUGAUCAAAGCAAAGCACCAUGUUAGGGAAAAUUUAUCUUUUGAUGCGGUUCAUGCCUGGAAGACUACUGUUGAAAUGUUUGUAAGUGCGAAAUAUUUUCCCGAGGUGUCAAAUUGUUGACAGGUUAAUGGCGGUCAAAUGUUUUUCCAGAUGUCAAAAAAGAAUCACGGUCAAGCAGUCUUUUCAUGAAACACUUUCAAAUGUGACUUUGAGUGAAUAUUAUUUACUUUUCUUUGAAUAAUGUUCCUUGAUAAUAAAGGAAGGACUAGUGACGAAAUUUAAGAGAAAUUGUGAUAAAUUAGGUCCUUGAAAUGCAAUUUUUUAAAAAGAAAAAGUAGCUCCUAUAGAGACAAUUUAGCAGUGUGUUUAUACUCUGGCUUGACUCCAACGGGAGGCAUGACUUUGCCUCAUGCUUCAAUUAUCUGUCAUGGUUGCUUUGCAACUUGUAUGUUUUCAUCUGUAUACACAUAGGUAAUAUUUUGUUAUUAUGAUAGAGACCUGAUGGUUCUAACUGUAGGCAGAGAAACACUAUUCAAUUAGUGAAAUCACCGAACCAUAAAUAGUUAUUAUAAUCAUUCUAUGAUAACCCUAUUUAUAGCACAAAGGCUAGACUGGCUUGGCAAAUGACUGAAACAAAAAAUUCAAAUUGACCAUAAUGAGGUUUAUAUUUCCGAGUGGUAAGAGGUAAAUUACUUGGCUAUUUUCUUCAUUCAAGGGUGGCUCAGAAGUUAAAUGUGAACCCCUUUAGUUUUGGUGUUAUUUUCAUGGUACUCUGAUCAUUGGGUUACUCUGUUGUUUGUUACAGCUUUAAUUUUAUUGUCAGUAUUUAACCUAUUUGGGUUAGCUUUUUUCUUGUGCUUUGACCCAGGUAACUAAAGGUAAAUAGUCAUUUAAACUGAGAAAGGAAUUUAUCCAUUAACACAAUAUUUAAUAACCUCUUUAAAAUCAUAAGGUUAUGCUGGUAUUGCUUCCUAGCAAACGUAAACUUUAACCUCAGUUUUUACUAUUUUUGGCUACAUUAUAGAUACAUCUUAUUGGCACUCCUUUUACCCCAAAAGUGAUACUUAUUUUAUUUAUCCAUUUUUCAUUGUAGCAUUUUUGACAUCAUUUGGCCAUUGCUAUCCUAUGCAUACACUGAAAAAAAUUGGAGUGUUUUGCAAUUUGAUGUUGUGCAUUUGUGGACUGCUCAGAGGUCCUGACCAGGGAGGGGGGGGGUGUGGGUCCGUUGUCAAAUGUCUGAAUUUGAUAGUCUUUUAAGUCCCUGUUUGGUCACAACUUCACAAGUCCUAGGCUUGUGACAUGCUUAUUACCACACCUUUGACAUUCAUAUAUUUUACCAAGCUUAAAAAAUUAAUUCACAAAUUAUCUUUCUUUAUUUUCCACAUCUGUUAUUAGAGGUACAAUAUCCCUCUUUUUAAUUGGCAGAAAAAUUCCUGUCGGUCUUUUUUUUUAUUACUUUCCAGUGCUGGCCUAACUGGUCUGAUUUUCUAAUGCUGUGGUGUCUGUUAUAAAUUAUAAAGCAAUUAACGAUUGGGCCUUACUGCCAAGUAAGCUCAAGAGACUGAUGCCAAAACUGAAACAGUUUUUACUAGACCAUUUUGAACCGUAUUUAAUGUAUAAUUUAUUAUUAUGACCUUUAUUUUAGAGCCCCCCCCAAAAACCCCCUUAGGUGCUUGGAGGCCUUCUCUGAAAAUAUAAAUUAUUUAUUAUUAUUUUUUUUUUUAUAUUUUAUUAACCUUAUAUUGAUGUUCAUUUUGUUUUUUGGUUAUCAGCUCAACAGAUGAGUCUUUUGUUUGGCGUGGAAAUCAAGGUCCAGGAAGUAUUGGUGAUGAUCAAGAUCUUUCAGAUAAUGAGAGUCAGCUUAGUGGAUCUGCCCUUGUUGAUUCCUGCUUGUGAGUUGGAAAUUCAUUUUGAGCACUGAAAAGCACAGAGCACUGUCCUUUGCACUAAAGGAGUUGAGAAAAUGUUAUUUAUUUUAAUAAAAAGGUUGCUCCUGCAAGGCAAAUACAAAACCAGAAAUGGAACCUUUAUCAUCAUGAAUUGGAAAAUCACAUAGAUGAGAAUCAACAACAAGAAACCCAGGAAAAAAAUCUAAGUUACAGACCAAUAAAAACAACAGGUGUACUUUGUGUUUACAAUGUAUUUACAAUAAUAUCAAUGAUUGGAAUGAUUGGAUUUACGUUAAGUUAUGGUGAGAUGUUUUUUCAUUCUAACUUUUUAGCCAGUGGGGGAAGUUCUGUCCAAAACAUUAUGUCCAAAACUAUUUCAAUCCAGAAAAAUGCCCAGGUAAAAUUAAUUAGUUGUCCAAAGUGCCUCAAAUUACCAGCUGGUUUAGUCAAGUCAAGUAUGGAAACAGGCAAAGUGUUAAAAAAAAAUGUCUACCUGUUAAAAUAUUGCUACCACCGAUUGCAUGAGUUUUGUGGAAGAAGCCUGUUUUGUGAAUCCCAGUGAAAAUAUUAAAAUUGAUAUUGUACAUGUACAUGUAACUCCUGAAUUAAGUGUCAUUGUUCUUGUACAUCUAUUGGAUAAAAUCAGAUUUUAUCCAUAACAACAGACAGAUUUUGCACAAUUACAGCAUGGUACUUGUAUUAUAUGAUUAGUUUACUGUUGUAGAGACAUCUCUCAAAUUGGGACUGUCGGUGGAUUGCACUGGCUCACAUUCAGAGAGUUUUGAUUACAGAUUUAUCUCAACUUACUCGACAUUAAUUUACAUGUAAGGCUAUGCUAUAAGAACAUGUUUCACAUUAAAUUUAAAGAUUUGCAGUCUUCCUGUAACUGCCUUUGCUCAUUUAUCCCUUUACUGUUUGAUUUGCUCCUUUCGUAUAUCAUCUGGGUAGGGCAAGGCAAUGUGUGCAUGCUUUUGGUGUACAAUAUUAAAUUACUAAGCUAGUUGAAGUGUGUGUGUAAGAAAAAGAUGAGCUGAUGAAAGUUACACAGUAUUGUCACAUCAUAUACAAAAGUAGUAUUCGUCCUUGUGAUUUUAUUGUAUGUUUGGUUUAUUCUAUGAACAUUAUACAAACUACAUGUAAGUAAUGUUUCAGCCAAGGUAUAUUGUUGCAGGUACUUACAUAUAUGACCCUUAUUGGGAUUUAUUAAUGAUGUUUAUAUACAUGAACACUCUUUUUGCAAGUAAACUUUUAGAAAUAUGGUCCGUGCAUAAUCAUGUUGUGAACAAUGAGCUUUAUUCCUCAAAAGGUUGAAAAAUUGUAAAAGAUGUUUUUUAGCUCAUGGAAGAUAGAGAUUGUAAUAUAUUGUUGGUCUAAAUUACAGUUAUAAAUCUCUUGUGUUGCAGACUAUCAACUAUUAUUAAUUCCCGGCAGAAAAAAAAUUAUUUUAGAUGUGUGGUUGAAAUAAACUCCUGCCCUGGCUGGUCGAGUUGACUGUAUUUUGUAUUUUUUUUAUAAGAAGUUUUUUUUAGAGGUGUUUAAUGUACAUGUAUUCCAUGCAGUAUUUGUUCCAUAUGUAGAACUUUGCAUCAGUUCACUUAAAUAUUUUUAUAAGAAUUUUUAUAACUAACUUAUGAAUGUGGUUGUUCCCCAAUAUAUUGCAAGUCACUUAUAUAAGACAAUAAAUUAGUAAUACUGGAGAAAAUCAAUCAAUCAAUGUCUUUUAUGAGAUGUUUGUUUUUUAGAGGUGUUUAAUAUAUCCUAUGUAGUGUUUGCUCUGUAUGUAGAACUUUGCAUCAGUUCACUUAAGUAUUUUUUACAAGAAUUUUUAUAACUUACAGUUUGUGGUUGUUCCCUCAUAAUAAUAUACUGCAAGUCACUUAUAAAUAAAGACAAUAAAUUAGUAACAAUGGAGAAAAUCAGUCAAUCAAUGUCUUUUUGAAAGUAUACCUUAAAGCUUAAUACACUGUUAAACAUUUAAAUCCAAGAAAUUUUUUUUCCUCAAUUAUGUUUAAUCACUAGUUUAAGUUUUCUGUUGCCGUUAUUUUCUUGCAUGCAGCACUUACACUAUACACAUUGUCUUUAUUUUUGUUGAACAUAGACAAUAAAUUAUCUUUGUUAAGUUUAUUAUAUAAUUUUGGGCCACAGAGACAUCCAUCUUAUUAAUUAUGCAUGUAAUUCUUGGCUGAUUAUUUAUUUUUUUACCUUCAGGAAAGUCCUUCAAGAAAGAGGUUUGUCUGACUCCAGGUAUGUCAUGCAAUUCUCAUUAUGGCUAUCCUUAAAAUGUUGAGCAAAAUUGUUAAUUUUGUAGGUUUACUCCAUCUGAGAGGACUAAAGAUAUUAUGUGUUAAUUAAUAAUGAUGAACAAAAGUGUCUGGUACCAGUUCACUAUUUCACCGUGUUCUUUAAAGAACACCAAUUUAGAAGUCAAUUUCUAUGCUAUGGUAAAUGCUUGUGAAGAUCACUGGUUAAUUUACAAAUGAACUAAUGCAACCACCCUAUACUGCCAAAUUAAAUGCUUUACAGUUUCUUUCUAUUUAAAGUAAACAAAGCAAAAAAUUCCAGGAUAGAAAAUUUACAUGUACAUGUACACUAACUUUAGAUUCCUUCACAGAAAUUAUCUUAGUUUUUAUCAUUUGUAGAGUUGUCAGUUAUGCUCUUUUGUUUUGACUUGACCAUUAAACUACCAAUAAAAAAUAGCAAAAGGUUACUUGAGGAUCAGUUCAUGAAACCAGAUUAGUAAUAGAAAAUGAUGGCUUCAAAAAACAGUCAAUUUUUUUAAAUAUUUUGUGUGCUUACUAAUUACAAUAAAACUUAAACCAUGAUGUAGAUUCACCACCAACUACAUUUUGUAACAAGUUUGACCCGGUGAUGAAGUUUCUUAUGAAAAUGUUUUCACCUUUCUAUUGGCAAUUCUGGCUCAUUGCAUACAUGUAUACCUAGCAAUUUGACAUCUUAAAGUGACAGAAUACAUGUACAAUUUAUUAUUGCCUUAUACAUGUACUUUCUGGUGGAAAUAGCUUGAAAGAAACCAACGACAACAUGCUUCUAAAUCUGAGGGCAUUUUCACAAGAUACACAGAAAUCUGUAUUAUUAACGUUGAGCUAUAAACAUGUUUGCUGUCACGUAUUUCUAUGUUAUAUGACGCUCUUUAUGUUUCAUUUUUUAUGUUAUAGGGAUGAUCAAGAACCAUUCUAUGACAGGAGUUUAGUUAACGGCAAAAGUUCACUAUCUGGAAUCCGCUCCAAUGCACUCAUGAAUCAAAACUGGGAAAAAGAUCUAAUGGAAGCAGGUGCUGCUGCAUGAUGCAAAUUCAAUAUAUACAUGAGGAUGUUACAUGGCUGCAUGUGUGGAGAUACAAAAUUUCUCUUCAAGUGUUGAAAAAAUAAUAUUUUACAAGAGAAUUUAAGAGAAAUUUCUAAUCUCCAAGCCUCCAUGUUAUGUUCCAUUUAUUAUAUAGACACCAAAUAAAUACUAAACCACUUCACUUUAACAAACACCUUUUUUUGCUGUGAAAGGUGCGAUUUAUAUUACAUGUUUUUGGCCAUAGCAACAGCGAUCUUUUCACAUGUGAAUUUAAUAUGUUAUUUUCAAAAGCUCACCUGGUAUUUGAUUGGUGUUUGUAUUUAACAGAUUUAGUAGGUUAAUCUCUUAGUUUUCAGCCUAUUAUGUUAUUAUUGAUAAAUAUUCCUAUUUAUUGAUAUAUACAUGUACAUGUACACUGUACAUUUAUCUUAUCUUUCACUCAGUUAAAUCUGAUCCUCAGGAAGAGUUUAUAAUAUUAUUAGUUCUUAUCUUAAAAGUACAUGUAAAGUGUGGUUUUUACAGCAUUAUUGACAUGUCUACUUGAGGAGUAAACAAUAUUUUUCUUUGUAACAGACCUGACACCUGGGCAAACGGUAAAGAAGGUUGUAACAAGAACAGAAGUUCGCACAUUAAGGACAGUAGAUGGUAAAGUUGUGCAAGAUAGAUAUGACCCUGGUAGUGCUCAAACAACCGUUGAACGGUACACAUUUGACAACAGAGCUGUCAAUGGAAAUGCUCCAAGAACUGUAACAAAACAGUAUAUUCCUGGAGAUGAGUAUCGAUCAGGACGACGCGGCCCAGGAUCUCAAUCUUCUGUUGAAGAUUACAAACGUCCAUACAGUCCUGGUAGUCAAAGUGGUCCAGGUUCUGAUGGUAGACAGACACCAACUAAUGUUUCAUCUGGACACUUGUCAGAUGGAUAUCAUACACCCACAGGUAACAAAGUCUUACACUUUCAAUUUCAUCCUAUAUUGUGACACCCUUAUUACACUGUUCCAACUUUUAAAGCGAGGCUUUCCUACAGUAUGAUAUCUAGUCAGAAGUAACAGGGGGAUGUUAACAAAAAACAGUUACAACAGAUAAGUCAUCUUUUACCUUGAAACCACAAAUCAUAUAUAAUCAUAUGAUUUCGCAAUUAAUUCCUAUGUGUUGAAAAAAAGUUACUGAUCAUUUAUGUUACGGUAUGAUAGUGUCCAUUGCAGCUGUACUAGUGAAAUAGAAUGCAAGUUAACAUGCAGUGCAACCAGAAUCUGUUGCCAUAAAGUAUAUAUUAAUAAUUUUUUUAAUCCCAAAUGUAAUGGAUUUUUAUUUCCUACGUAAGUACUGUGUAUGAAUGGUUCUUUUCAGGUUCACGCCAUUCAUCUCAGUCUAGUUCUGUUAGUACUAAAGCUUAUCGCAACACAAGCCAAUCUUUACCUCGCACAUCCUUAUCUGGGGGAACACCAUCAUCAUCAUCCACCAUUCCACGAUCAUCUAGCGCAUCUGGGCGGCAAAGCAGUAAGUUCCAACGUUACUACAUACUGCUCACUUAAACAUCAAUUUCGUUUUUUUCUUAGAAUCUUAAUUGUCAUGACUCAUGAACACUUUCUUUUAGAUUUUGUUGUGGAGAGGCUUUACAGUUUGUAGGCGAAUCUGUUUUUUCUUUGUUUCUGCUGAAUUAUAAUCAUGUUCUUGUGAUUCUAAUGGAAGCCACAUCCUUUAAGUAAAAAACUUGACAGUGAGGCUUAAUUGACCCCAACAAUGUGCAAAUAAAUUAAAUUACUGUUUUUUUUUUCAAUUUAAGGUUGGGACUUACCUGUACCUUUUUUCACUUUUUCCCAUCACAUUUUUUUUAUAUAAGUGUUCUUGAAACAAAUCCAGUUUAAGUAAACUAAGUCUUUAAAUUCAUUUUACUGAUUUUGCUCAGUUUCUUUAAAAGUGUCAAGACUGAAUUUUGAAUAAUUAUGCAAUCACAAUAAUUAAUUUUAAAAAAAUUACCAUAUUUCGUGGAGUGCCUGUAAAUUCAUUGUGGGUAAUUUCAUCUGAAAGUGUCUUUGGUUUUUGAUUAUUUAUCAGUAUACAGUAAAAACCUGUGUCCAACAGUGUUUGGUUUUUUGUGAUCACCAUUGACAUGCUUAUUUCAUGAAAGGCCUGUGGUUAAAUAUGCUACAAUCAAACAUAAAAAGUUUAAAACCCUUAUGCUCAAAUAAAUUGAUUAAUAAAAUGAUUAAUAAAUGUUUCCCAUGUGGGAUGUAAGUAUUGCUUUCAUUUCUUGCCAUAAUUGUCAGUUCUUUGCCAAACCAGGUGUAAGAAAAAUGAAAGGUAUUUAGGUUUUGAUCUUGUCUAUGACUUUCUUUAAAUAAUUAAUGAUAAAAAGGAAAUUGUGUUGGAAUUUGAAUUUGUACAAGAUGGACAUGUGGAAUGCCCAAUCUUUGUUUAUGAGAUUUUUUCCUUUGGUUUUACCAGAUGAAAAACCAAAAGGUAUUUAAUAUUUCAAUGUUUUAUGGUGUUCCUUAGGUAAAAGAUACAGUUGGUGUAUCAGGGUGCUUUUCAGUAAUAAUUUUUAUAGGAUUACACAGACAUGUGACUACCAACAUGUUGGUCUAUACUUGGUUUUAUAUUGUUAUGUUAAUCUUGUGAUCUCUCGAGUGUUUAUAUUUCAUUUUGUUUCACUGAAGCGCAAUCUUAAAACAGCAACUUAAAAGCUUUCCCACCAAACUUUAAAAAAAAAUUAUAAAAUGCUAAAUUGCAACUAUAUUCUUGCUUGCCUUUGUUUGUACUACAAUCAAAAUACCACUGACAUUGUUGCCAUUUUCUACAUUUAUUCUUAUGACAUUAAUUUUAUUACACACAUUGUUGUCUUGUGGCUGUGAAAGUUAAAAUAUACUGCCUUGUAUGUACAUGUAGGUGUGGAAAUUUGUCAAAUUUCAUCUGUGGAAAUUUGGAACUGUUAAUUCAAUUGUGAACUAACACAAGACAGGUGCUGUUGAGAAGAGAAGGAAAUUCUCAUUUUUACUCCAUGUAACUGAGCAUGACCUUAAAAGUUUCCUGCAUAUAACUUAAAGUAUGCUGUAUGUAUUUUAGGUGUUCCUUUAAGGUCUCCACUUGAUUAUUGAAUUACAUUUACUGUAUGGUAUACACUGUAUAAUAUUUUUAUUGUUCUUACUAUGGUUGGGGCAAUGUCAUUCAAACAAGUGAUGGAUAUAUCACAAGCCUUUCUUUUUUAUUUCUUUGUCACAUCAUAGCAAUACGAAGUAUUUGUAUCUACAGACUGAGUGAAAUGUACUGUGAGGUGAACCUAAAUGGUCGAAGCUUGGAAGUGGAAUAUCAACCUCUUCUUCCUUUUAAAUGUACAAAGUGUACAUCAUCACAUUUUUUUGUAACUGAUGAUAUAAUAUGUAUACUUGUAGUGCACCAUUGUAGCAAACGGUUACGGGUGUGGCAAUAACAUGCUUUCUGAGUGGACUAAACUAUUUUUUUGAUUUUAUACAUAUGUAAAUCUGAACUUUAAGAUUUUAAUAUACAGUUUAGUAAAUUUGUCUUGUUAGUUUUAAAAUCUAUUAGUAGAUUUAAGUGUAGAUAUUAUACAAAGUAAAUGUAUAUAACUGUAGUAAAAGUACAAAAUAUUUAGGCACAGCAAUGAAAUAAAUUUCAAAGAGGCACUAAAGCAUAAUGAUAAUAACAAAAAUGAAAAAUUAUUUCAAAUAUAUUAACUUGAUCGUUACAUUUGCAUUUAAUCAGCUUUGAAGGUAUCAUUUCUUUAUUGUUAUUUUUUCAGCUACUUAUAAUCUCAGUAUAAAGGUGGGCGAUGUUAAAGGUUCAGGGACAGAUGGCAAUGUCUACAUCCAGCUAUUUGGUGAACGUGGCAACACAGCAAAGAUUCAGCUCAGGCAGGCAGGUGACACCAGAAACAAGUUUGAGAAAGGAAGGACGUACAAGUUUACUGUGGACACUGUUGACAUUGGCAAGGUACACUUAUUUGUUUCUUAUUUUAUCACUUAAAUGCAAAUAUAAUGAACUAAAUGUUUAUUAUUUUGUAUGUUGCUGCUAAAAUUCAAGAUGAUAGCGUGUAAUUUUAUUUAAAGCUACUGUUACGUUGAUAUAUUUUUUAUUUACAGUCAAAUAAUUUAUAUUAUGUUAGUGUCUUGAUAAUAGCAAAAAUAUAUCAAAGUAAUAUACCUUUCUGUAGUAAAAUUUUAUGUUUUAAGUUAUGUGUACAAUAUCCAGCUUGUUGUUGUAUUUAUCUUUUCAGUUGUUGUUAUAGCUACCUGUACACAAUGUAUGUAUGUUGUUGUUGCUCUGUCAUGUCCCUUUGACCCAAAUAUGCAUUUGCAAGACUCUCAGUCACACAAGCAGAUUUCUGAAGCCCUUGAGGGGGGUAAUGAGAUUCUGUUGCAUCAUUCAAUUUUUCUUUCAAAUUUUCAGGUUGACAGAAUCAAACUGAGUCAUGAUCACACCGGUUAUGGCUCUGGGUUUUUUGUGGAGGAAGUUGAAGUGGAGGUUCCUGCACGCCAAGAUCGAGUCAAGUUUCCUUGCCGUUGCUGGCUUGCGCAAGAUGUUGAUGAUGGUAAAAUUGAGAGGGAGAUGUUUGCAGUCACUCCUUUACCAAGUAAGCUCAUAAUAAAUAAAUAAAAAAUGGAAGCCCUUGUUAGAGAAUGAAUUUAAUGUGUUACAUGUAUCAUAGUUUAUCAUGUUGAGGCAAAUAACUGCAAAUGUUAUUUAUGCCUUUUUACAUGUACAUUUAGCUAUUAAAUCCCAAACACUGUUAAAGUUCUCUGUGUCAAAUAAGAGAGCCACCAUUUAAACUUUAAUGAAAACUCUAUAUUUACACAUUCCCAUUGUCGACAAUUGAAGUAUAAGCUGUACGUGUACAUGACCUCCCUUUUGUCUUUAAACUCCCAUAAGUAGUUCUGUCAGAUAAAAAUUAUUUUUUUCAAACAGUUCAGUCAGAAUAGAGUAUCCACCCAUAGACAGCAGGGAUAGCUUGAUUUGUGUGAUUAAGGGUUUUGGUCUAGCUACUACAACACUGUACAUCAUUAGCAUCAAACAAAACAAGUCCUUUAAUGCACUUAUCAAUGGUGGUGCUACAACCAGUUGCAAAAAUGUUGAGACACUCAGAGAAAAAAAAAAUGACCUUUCUUGCUUCAAAUCGCUACUAGUCACAGGUCUGUGAGAUACAAUACUGACCUCCCUCCUCCCUCCCAUUCAAAAUUGCUCCUCCAAGUUUUGAGCAUGGUCUUUUAUUUCUAGCAACUUUGAUAACGGGUGGAGGGGGGAUCACAAGCACAAGAUCAUGGACAGGCCAUUUAAGCCAAAAUACAGUACAUUGUUGUACAUUGUAAUUUAUUAUUUAUUUCUUUGUUAACAGUACUGUCUAGGUUUUGUUUUUUAUUAAAUGUUAAUUGUUUCAUUUCAGACACGUCCUACACAAUGUCAGUCAAACUAGGCGAGGUUCUUAGCCCAGACACUAAUCUUUAUGUUCAGUUGUUUGGAGAAGAAGGAGAGACGAGCAAAAUCAUGCUGCGACCUGUGGGGUCAUCACUUAAUAAAUUUGAGAAAGGCAGAACAUACAAGUUUACUGUUGAGACUGUGAAUAUUGGAAAGGUGAGUACUGAAAUAAGACUUUAUAGAAUGUUGGUUUAUGCGAUGUAGUGCUUUCUUUAGGAUGGACAGUUUGACAAUGGCUCAGCCCUCCAGCUUCAUUGUAAUUUACCAGUCAAUCGUUUGAACAGUCAGUCACACAUACUAUUAGGCAGUCGCACUGUAAGUUGGUCGGUCAGUCAAUUCAAAAGACAGUUAUGCAGGCGGUCAGUCAAUUAAAAAGACAGUUAUGCAGUCAGUCAGUCAGUUGGUCUGCCAGUCUAUCAGCCAGUCAGUUACACAGUUAGAAAGAGUAAGUUGGUCACUGACCAAUCAGUCAGCAGUUAGGUGAGCAUCUCAGUUCUAAAUCACUUGAUCUGUCUGGUUGCAAAUAUUUGGUUUUACUAAGGUUGUCAAGUUAAUUUGCCAUUGUUAAAAGAUUCAAAAAGCUGACAUUUCAAGGGGUAGCCCUUCUUCAGAGCAAAUUGACACACACUACAGUUUCUUUUCAAACUAACCACUUCAGUCAAUCAGACAGUCAGCCAGGAAUUUAGACUUUCAAAAACGUCCUUCGUCGGAUUUCAUAUGGCGCGGGACGAAAGAUUCAAAAAGCGGACAUUUCAAGGGGACCUGUCGCGACUUCGUCGCUCGCGGUCGGCCGCUUCGCGGCCAAACAAGGCUCGCUCCGCUCGCCAAGAGGUAGACCUGCUACAAGUCUACCAGGAAUUUAAAGUCUCUCAGUUAUACAGUUUUUGUCAAACUUCAUUUUGAUCCUUGCCAUUGCUUUAAUAGGCAUUUGAGGGGCAAAAAGUAAAUUCUGCAUUUUCAAAAUACUUUUAAGUAUGAAUAUCAUGGUUUGAAUUAAAUGCUAGUCUUAUAUCGAUCAUCUCUCCCUUAACUGUAGAUCUGUUAGUCUGACAAAAUUAACUUACCUGAUGAUUCGUUUCAGUACUUUUCGUAUCCCAUUUUAUUCAACUAAUAAUAAUGGCGAUGUUUUGUUGUUAUGUUUUAGAUUGACAGACUGCGCAUUGGCCAUGACAGCAAGGGUGAUGGAAAGGGUAUAUUUGUAGAAGAGGUAGAAGUAGCUCCUGCUGAACAAGAUCGCACCAUUUUCCCUUGCUACUGCUGGCUUGCUGAAGGAAGAGGAGACAGUAAAAUGGAGAGAGAGAUUCUCCCAGGACAACCAAGACCACCACGCCCAAGUUAGUGUAGUGGGGAUUUUAGAAGGGCUGUGCCACGCCUGGCUAGUUCGUUUUGUCAAUAUUGUGUAUAUUUGUCAAUAGGUGUUUUGCAAGGGACCUUAAUAUGAGCGCAGAUAUCGCAUGAAAAUGGCAGAAUUAGAUCCUCUUGUUCAGCAAAAUAUUAAUAUGCCUCCUAAUCAGUAUGUUACAAACCAAACAACGAAAUGAACUUUGAAAAGCAAUUUCGUGAGACAUUUCAUUAACUGCGCCCUUCCAUGUGGGGAUUCAGUAAGUCUUGAAGUAGUAGUCGGAGCAAGUAUGGUUGACUAAGACUCUUCUGAUUGACAUUCAUUCACAUUUGGUUCUUCUGUGUGUUUAGGUUUCGUUCUUUGUGAGAGAACUUAAUUUCCUCCCUCUUUUGCAAGGUCCGCCGGUAAUAAAACAUUUAUUCAUGAACAAGGCAAAAAUAUAAAGCUUUGGGUUACCCAGUGAAAGGAAAUAGGGUUUUUGCGGAGUAAAGGUCCUUGUCAUAGGAAACAACUGGAUGCGAGACAUAAGGGAUUUAACGAUGUACUAGUGUAGGAAAUGAAAAUGGACGCGGCUUCCACUUCAACUCUUAAGCCAGCAGUUCUGAAACCAAGAAAAUUAAAAACUACGCAUGCAUACACAUACCACCUUCUGAUGCCUAACUGGCUUAAACCUUGAUACAACACUCCACAGCACGCACUAAUGCUUUGUUUCGACUUCUGAAAGACAUACUUUUACACCAAAGUUUUCAAUAGUCAUUGUAUUAAAUGUUUUAUUAUAUAUUUUUUGUAUGCAGAUACUUCUUAUCAUUUAGCAGUGAAAACGGGUGAGAUGUUUACAGCUGGCACAGAUGCUAAUGUGUAUUUCCAGCUGAUUGGCAGUGAAGGGGAAACGGAGAAGAUUCAGCUGAGACAGGGCGGUAAAGCUGAAAAAAGAUUCGAGAAAGGCAGACUUGAUAAAUUUAUUGUGGAAACUGUUGAUGUUGGCACGGUACGUUUGUCUCAUUUUUUUUUUUUUUUAAUUGCAUUUAUCAAUUUUUGAGGUUUUUAUCUUGAGCUUAGAUUGACAAGUUAAUCGUUACAACUGCCUUUGGAGUAGUUUAUCUACAAAAAGAUUCUUGAGUUAAAAUGAGAAAAUGUGCUAAGGAGAAUUCGUACUCACUUUCUAAGCGCCUGUUUGCAUGGAGGUGGGGGACCCCAGAUAGGCGAGGUAACAUGCGGCGGGUCACCCCACCUAUCAUGUAAAUAUGAUCAAAUUACUAUGAGAGAUUAUAUGAACAGGCGGGUUACCCCACCUAAGCGGGGUACCUCACCUACCUGGGGUCCCCCACCUACCUGGGGUCCCCCACCUCUAUGUAAACAGGCCCUAAAUGAGUUGAAACAUGUUAUUUGACUUAAUUGAAUUUAAUUUGCAGUUUGUCAGGCGGAACCUCGUAAAUACGACCUCCCCUGAGUCAUGACAAACGGUUAAAAAGGUUUAAAGGGUUGUUUAAAGUGGAAGCGGACUUAGUUUUUCCAGCAAGUUUACAGGCCUCUACUAAAUAAUGCAAAUAGAACAACAGGAUUAAAGCCCCAGUUGGCAGGAGACAAACAGUUGGCUGUUUACAAGUGUGGCCGAGGUUUUGAACUCGGAACGACCGAGAACAAUCCAACAAGGGGACUCGAACCCGGGACCCCGCUGGGGAGUCAGACGCAUGCCUCCUCAAAUUGUUGAGGCUAUAAUUAUUUUGAAGACUAGAUCGAACUGAAGUGGUAGUGUUGUACUAAGUCCCUGUAAAAUAUGGAAUAAGCGGGAGAAUUUAGUUCUGACUUCCGAUCUGCUGGAUAUCGCACAAUACUCCAACAAUCCAUUAUGCACUUUUUAGCCCACCACCAACCCAAAACAGACAGAAUCUUCACCUAGCUUUUGUCUUCCAAGUGAAGCUGGCUUACUGUUAAAUUUUGAGCCAGCGCAAGAAAUAGGGUAUUUGCCCAUUAUGUUGGAAAGCAGAAUUCCCGUUUAGAAAACUUCAAAAAUAUGGGCGGUGAUAUGAGGCGAUAGAAUUUUUGUACUCUUUCAAUCCUGUCCAGCUGAUUUUGAUAUACUUCGUAGCGGUGGAUCGUUUUCCCACCACGUCAAAAUUAAUAAUUUCAUGUUAAUGCACGAUAUUUUAAACCGCAUGGUGGUAAGCACCCCUAGCUUAGGAUAAAGGCCUUGUUAACGUGAAGAAUAAAGCUCAGUGGUGCCGGCCUUGCUGUACUGAAACUGAAACUGAAAACUUUAUUUAUACUCGAGGGUCUGGAGCUUAUUAGGCUCCUAGCUUAAAUAGCUAAUGAGUCGAGGUUAAAAACAAACAAAAAGAAAUGAAUUGAAUUUAAACUAUUUACAUCAUGAUACGAUAUUGUUUACAGAUAAUGAUUCUAAAAGGUACAAUAUUGACGAUAGUCUAACAGUUACAUAAAGAGCAGUUACAUGCUGUAGUUCAUCGUAACACAAUCUUACUUUUCUAACCAUACAGGUCCAGAAGCUUCGUAUCGGACAUGACAAUAAUGGCUCUGCCCCAGGAUGGUUUCUUGAGGAAGUUGCUGUAGAUGUACCAGCACACAAUCAACAUUUUGUCUUCCCUUGUCACCGAUGGCUUGCCAGAAACGAAGAUGAUAAAAAAAUAGAAAGAGACCUGCUACCAGGUAUGUGUUGCUGGGAAACGAAAUUACAUCAUCGGCGUUGUAAAGUUCAGUUAAACAGUACAAAGGAUUCAAAGAGCCUCAACCCUUUAAGUCCCAGUAGUGACUAGCAUCUAUUUUCUUCCAACAAUAUCCACAUAUUGUCAAGAGGCCAGGAUAUGAGAAUUAAAAAAAUAAUUACCAAAGUGAAAAUACGUUCUCGUAGACUUUCUUCAAAACUUUGACCUAUUUUUCGGCAAGGUUUCAGGAUAUAAACAGCUGUUUUUUUCUUCAGGUUCUCCUCAAAAACUAGAUAACAUCCAUCUUAGUUCACUCCGAAAUGAACAGCUAGGCGGCCGCGCCUGGAAACGAGGCUGAUUGGUGGUAUAUCCUAGUUUAAACCGUCGAAAUUUAGAGUGAAUGGGCUGCAUGUGCGUAUUUACCACUGUUCCUCUUUGUAUGUAGGUGUCCCUGUUUCAUCUGGCACAAGAUCCCCAUCCAAAACCACAACCACAACUACCACUGAGACAACAACUAAAUUAGAGAGUCGGAACGUUCCACUACCAGUUGCUAAGAAACCUGUCGUGGAAGAAAGCCGGUACAGUACACCCACAAAGAAGGUGAUAACAGAGGAAUUGAGGUACACCACUGUUUCACCUCCUCAGAAGUCAGUGAUUGAGGAAGUGCGCUACACUACAUCUCCUUCAAAGAAGACUGUCAUUCAAGAGGAGUAUAGGUGAGUGGUGAAAACAUAAAAGGUCAAGGGUCCUUCCUUUACUUCGGUAACUUGUAACAAUACUCAUUAGACUGACAAACCUGAGGCCGACAGUACACUCUUUUUAUCCUCCCCUCCCUCUCUCAAUCAGUGUCUAAAUAGAGUGCAAGUAGUCUACUAAGAGCAAAUUCAAUGGGGCAUUUGUGAUACCCUGAUGUCUGUUAAGCAAAAAAGGGGGAGAGCUUCUCGUAGCGUAGUGCCAAAAUGUUUGUUUUACUCUUAAGUAGGGGUGUUAAAUGUUUUUAGAAGAGAAGCCAAAUGCAAAAUCUACUGGUGUGUUCAAGCAUAGUGGUUCUUUGUUCAAAUACGUUUCUACUAGAAACCAGUCAUAGUGUCUCAUUUUGAAGGUGCAUGAUUGCUAUUUGCAAAUGAUACCAAACCAUAUUAAGCCACAUUUAAUUCAGUCUUGUGUGCGACAUUACAGAACGCGAGUAGAUGAAAUACAUUGGUUCUAGGGUUAUAUUCUGUUGGGAACUUAGAGUUUGAAGAUUCUAAUAAUAGCGAAUGUAGAAGUUUUAGUAAUAUUUUCAGUACUCAUUUUUUAACAGUCAUUAAAGGUUUUUGUCAUCUUUUCAAAUGUUAGAUACACCACCUCACGAAAAGAGCCAGCCCCUGCUCCGCCGCAGAGAAAAAUAAUUGAAGAGCGAAUGGUAAUGAAAGAGACUCCCCCUCCUGCUGAAGAGGCGCCACCCCUUAGGCCUCUGGAGCCUAAACAGCGAAUCACACAAGAGGAACUAACUAUUGAAGAAGUUCGUAGGCAGCCAUACUCCGUACCACCUCCAAAGAAUGAAUACCAUUACCAUGAAGAGGUCCUUCCACCACCUGACGAGUAUCAUUUUGAGGAGAAAAGAACUGAUUUGUUAUCAUCGGCGCCAGAUUCCAUGGAUACCAGGAAG